AUGAUAUUCUGUGAUAAGGAUAUGCGCUUAAUGACAUAUUACAAGUUACCCCUCCCGUGGCUGUUGUAUGGACUGAUAUACGGUACGCCGGUCCAGGUUAACUCCAAAGGCAUGGUGUGUAGCAUUGUGCUGCUGUUUGCUAUGCUGCUAUUCGUGAUCCUGAGCAUCGCGUGCUUCAGGUGGAAAAUGAAUAGAGGGCUGGGCUUCACGAUGUUCCUACUGUAUUUUGUCUUCGUCGCAGUGAGCCUGGGUCUGGAGUACGGGUACCUUCAUUGUCCGAGCGAGUAA